AAUACUUGUGAAAUGGGGGAAAUGGAAAAACUGAAAUAACAAAAAAAGGAACUUGACUCUUGCAUCAUAAAACAGCAGUUCCACAUAACAGUUCCACAUUUGGAUUGUAGCCACUUUAACAACUAGAGUUGGCUCCAAGUUGAUAAACCCUCAGUGAAGGAGUUAUUAGACCAGCAUGGACCCAGAGACAAUUGGGACUGACAGUCAGAGUGUGUCAGAUAUGGAGGAUGAUGAGUGCUGGGUCCAGCUGGAGGAAUACAGGCUGCUGCUGACAAAGACCAUUGAGCCGUCGCAAAUCACUCCCUACCUGCGGCAGUGCAAGGUGCUAAGCUGUGAUGAUGAGGAGCAGAUAUUCAAUGACCCCAAUCUGGUCGUCCGCCGACGCAAAGUAGGUGCACUAUUGGAUAUUCUUCAAAGAACUGGACACAAAGGCUAUGUGGCAUUCCUCGAGAGCUUGGAGCUGGACUAUCCUCGACUGUAUCACAAAAUUACUGGCAAAGAACCUGCCCGGGUCUUCUCCAUACUAGUUGACACGGUGGGUGAGUCAGGACUGACUCAGUUCUUGAUGAAUGAGGUCACACGUCUGCAGAAGGGACUGCAGGAGGAACGCCGGCGCAGACAAGAGGCCGCUGCGGCUGCAGCCACGCAGGAGGACACUGUCCGCCAGCACCAGGUUAGGGAGAGGGAGCUGCGGAAGCAGCAGGAGCGCGUACAUCGUAUGCGGGAAGAGAAGGACCGGCUGUGGGAGGAGGUACGCCACCUGAAGGACGAGAACUACAGCCUGAUGCACAAUGUUACCAAGCUGAGCGAAGAGAAGAACAGUGCCCUCAUGUCCAACCGUGAUCUGCAGCUGGAGAUAGAGAAGCUGAAGCACUGCCUGAUGAACGCGGAGAGCGACUCGAAAAUCAGAACUGUGAAACUGAAGAACGCCAUGGAGCAGAGACCCAGCCAGGACAGGAUGUUGCAGCUCCAGAGACACAAUCAUCUGCUCACAGCGCGCAUCCAGGAACUGGAGGCGUCUGCUCAGGGGACAGCUCCAGCCCCCUUGGAUCAAGAGAGGCUGAGCGCUGAAAGUCUGGAGGACUACAAGCAGCACUCUCAGGCUCAGCACCAGGAGCUGGUCAACAAUAUCUACACCCUGCGUAGAGAUCUGCAUGAUGCUGAGGCACUGCGGGAUAGGUACUUGGAGGCGAACGAGGUUCUCGACUUGAAAUGCACGACAUUGAAGAAGGAUGCCAAAAUGUAUGGUGACCGAAUGGAGGGUAUCCUGAAACAGAUGGAUGAGGUUAUCAGGGAGAGAGACAAGGCCAUCGCCUCACGAGAGGAGUACCACCAGGAGAAUUGCCGGGGCCUCCAGGAGAAGGACCAGUACCGGAAACAGAUUCGGGAGCUGGGUGAGCGCUGUGAUGAGCUGCAGGUCCAGUUGUUCCGGACAGAGGGAGAGGUUAUUGCGCUACAGACCAGGCUUCACAGACACACCUGCUCCCAACAUGAUAAAAGCCAGACCAGUGAGGAAGACUGCAAAGAUAAAUUAACCAAAGCUAGUAGCGUGGAGCUGCAAAGUCCGACAUCAGGGGAGUAUGAUGUGUGCAUUGCUUCGCAAGACCACCAGUUGUGUGCAGGAGGGCCCAGGGAGGAGAAUACCUCAGCAGAAAGAGCUCCAUCAGUGGAUGAUGUCUUAGGUUGUAGCAAGCCCAGAUCGAGGAAACGUGUCCUUAGGUCAAAGCCCACAUGGAAGGAACACACACCUUGUCACCUGGACAACAGCAGUGGAAGUGACAACACUGACACGGAUGGGAUGUGACUGAGAGAGGGGGAACAGAGGAGGGGCUGGGUGACAUGGCAAGGACCUUGAGACACAGGCUAGUUUACAUUCUUAAACAAAACAUGUUUAAUUAUUAAAUCAAUUGAAAUAAUCAUUUUGUUGAUAUCAUGAAGACGUUUAAUCUUUAUAUUUUUCCAAUAAUAUUUUUAUAUUUUGAACCGUGAUUGCAUGAUGAAUGUGUUUCUGUAUUCAAGUUAUUUGUACGAGAGACGGUAUCAACACCUUCCUCUGAUGUCUUUGCUUGUAUCUCUUCAUGUGCAUUUUUAGAAGAAAUGCAAAAGCAGAGGAAAGUGGGGAUAAUGAAUGGCAAAGAAAAGUAAAGAUACAAUUUGUAUAGAAAUCUUUGAUGAAGAGGCACACUUGCACUUUGUCCACAAAAUGCAGACACUGUUUGGAAUUUAUGGACACAAGAAGUUACAAUCUUUGCAUUUUGUGUCACGGAAUAAAAUGUUUUCACAAAAUGUUACAUGUUGCAAAUGGAUGACUUGGAGCAGGGAAGAGCAACUUUGAUGGGGGUAGGGGCUGAACUCAUCAUGAGGGGCUGCAGUGGCUCGUGGGUCUGCGAACCCAC